UCGUCAUCAAUCCAUCUGAGAUAGGCGUACCGUAACGUACCGACCGUACUUGUAACCUCCCCCAUUAUCAUUAUCAUUAUCAUAAACAUAAAGUCUUGGCACAUAUCAGAACUUGGAAAAUCAUCAUCCCCGUAACUUUUGGGGGGUUCCAGCCAGAUCAAGGUCCAUUCAACCAUAUCAACCACCUCCACCAUCCGCCACCAUCCACCAUUUCAAACCUUGCCUAGGUAACCUACUUAUAAUACCUAAGCUUACUACUACUUUUCGACUUUUCGGCAAGCUCUCCCACUUUACCUUUGUGACAUUGUUACAUUUUUCAUCACCCCAAUAAAAUCCCUUCACCCAAGCACAAUUUCACCACAUUGGGAGAAACAAAGAAGAAAUUUGUACAAAAUCUACAUGCUGUAGAAGAACAUGGCGGCAGGUAGCAAUGGAAAAGUGGUGGAUUCUAAGGCGAAGGGGAUAAAUGGCCACACUGCUAUUCCCGCAUUGCCAGCUGCAAAGAGCAAAAAUGAGAAGAAGAAGAGGAACUUCAUUUAUACCAUCUUCAGUCUGGGUACUAUUACCCGGUAUGCUAUACCUUCAUGCUCUAUCUAUUUGUCACUUCCUAACGAACCUUUAGAAUCUUAACUUGGUACUCGAUAAUCACAGUAUUACUACGAUGUCCUGCGACCCUCGACCUCGUCACAGAUACCUCCCCUCAAAUCUGCAAGCCAUACUUUCAAUUACGAUCAAUGGUUGUACCUCAUCUUGAACCAUAUUACGACUCGUAUGCCGCACCAUACGUGAAUGUUGCAAAGCCUUACUAUCAGUCCCUCGACAAGAAAAUCAUUGCACCAGCAACUGCCUUGGGUAUGAAAUAUGGUGCUCCGAGAGUGGCACAAGCACAAGCAUACGGUCAGGCACAAUGGGAGAAAAUAUUACAGCCCGAGGUAUUGAAAUAUCAAGCUCUCGCGAAGGCUAGAUACGAUCAAACAUUGGCCCCCCAUUGGAACAAGGUUACGGAGGCCAGUGGUCCAUAUCUCAAUUUGGCCAAGACGAAUGCCUUGCAAACAUACCAUGAACACGUUGUUCCAACAUUCAAUCUUGUACAACCAUAUGCCGUUCAGAGUUAUGGAUACGCGAAUGAUUUUGUUGUAGGCACCGGGAUUCCUUACACAAAGUGGGCCUUGACCUCGACUGGGGUAUUUUUGGAUAGAAAAGUUUGGCCCAAAUUGAGGAUUUUAUACGGUGAAAAUGUGGAGCCACAGUUGGUGCGAAUUGGGGAGCGAUUAGGUAGAUAUAGGGAUGGCAAGAAAUUACAGGCUGUGGUAGACAGUGUUGUUUCGUGAGUUCGUUGGAUGUAUUUAUUAGAUCUUAGCUUACGGAAAUUAGAUCGUCUUCUGCUUUCUCUGCCUCUUCCACACUCUCAUCGUUUUCUUCUUCCGUCUCAUCUGCACACGCUACAGGUACAUCCUCGAGCUCCAUCUCCUCUUCAGCUUCCAUCUCCUCUGCCAAAACACCCGAAAAUAAACCCUUGAGUGAAGACGAGAUUAGAGAAAAUGCUCGAAACGUUGUUGCAAAAGAUCUUCAAACCUGGCAAGAAAAAUUCUCGAAAGCUGCAGAUGAAGGCUCCGACGAAAUUGAUGAGAGAGUGACGGAGAUCACUGAAAGGCUGAUUCAAAAUCAAGCCAAUAAGGUAGGAUCCGCACUUCUCGUCGAAUUGGAAGAAGCCAUCAAUUCAAACCUCGAGUCGCUUAAAUCCAGCAUAAUUUCAAUCGUACAGUCUGAAAAGACUGGGGAAGAAGCCGAUGAUUCCCUCAACACUGCCGUCCGAAAAGCAGGAGUUGCAAUCAAGGAAAAGGCUCAGGCCGUCAGAGCUUGGCGGCAAAGCUUCGAUAUGGAGACCAGCUCUCUCAUUGCCAAAUCGGUCAAAGAUACAUUUGAUAUAAUCGACCACAUAAGAGAUUUGGGUUUACAAGAAAUCGGAAUGCGAUGGGCCUGGAUCGACGGUAUCACUCAUAAAGAUUGGACUAAAUACCAUGCUCUGAAGAGUAAAUUUGAAGAGUGGCGACUUGAUGUUGAAAAGGUCGUCACCGAACACCCAGGUCUUGCGAAAGCACGAGCAGCCUCAGAAGAUGUGGAGAGUAAAGCAAUGGGAUUGGCUGAAAAUGCAGCCAUUGAACUUUCCCGUAUCAAGGAAAUUGGAAAAUUGAAAGUAUCAACCGGCGACUCCAGUGAUGAUUUUAGCACUACAUACAUUCCACCCGCUGCAUCCGUCGCCAGUCAAAAAGUCAUGGAGAAAAUCAACGAUGUGAGCGAAGCCAUUGCCGGCGCUACAGAAGAGACUCUAGAAUCCGUCUCGUCGUCGUUUAAUGAGGUGGCUUCAUCUGUCUCUUCGAGUGUCAUCGGGACCCCUCAAGGGAAUGUAGAGAGUAUUGCAUCUGUGGCCAAGGACUCAGUGAGCAAUGUCGUUGACCAAGUUUCAAGCUCUGUCAUUGGUACCUCACAGGGAGGUGUUGAAAGCGUCAGCUCGGUUGUUGGUGAGGGCGUCGGAAGUCUUUCAAUGAAAGUAUCUUCAUCUGUAAUUGGUGAGCAACCAGGAGUAGUAAGCCAAGCGUCGAGCAGCGUCCAAUCGGCAGGUUCUGCAGUUUCCAGAAGUGCCUCAUCUCUUAGCGAUGCGAUCUCCGAUCAAGCUUCAACUGUGUCAAAAAAUCUGGAGUCAGCAUCAUCGUCUGUUGCAAGCUCAUUGUCAAAGAGUUCAACUGAUGUUAGCAGCUCCCUGAGCUCUGCUGCUUCAGCCGCGUCAAGCACCGCGUCCAAGAAAGUAUGGGGUGGAGCCAUGGCUGCUCAUGUCGAAGCAAGAGAGAUCAUCUUUGACGAUGUGAUUGAUGAUUCCGACGAGGAAACUUACAGUGAGAAGAUACAAAGUAUGGCAAGCGUCGCCGGGGACCAAUUUAGUGACAUGACAAGAGCAGUCAGUGAAGCGUUACUGAAACCUAGCAGUACAAAAGGGCUUGGUGCGAAACAAUAUUCCAGUGCUUUGGCUGCCGCAAGUUCGGUCCUCUAUGGAACAGAACAAGGGAUUAGUGAAAGUGUUGGUAGUGUUGCUGCAGGUCGUUAUUCUGACGCUGUUUCUGCGUAAGUCAAGCAAUUUCAUUGUUGCCAAUAGUCCGGACUUGAACACGACAGCGAGAAACUUUUGACUCCUGAAUCCAUUUGAAACAUUGAACUUAUUUCAAAUAUUUGAUUGUUUUCAAGCCAUGAAUCCUUGCAUCUAGUCUCCUUGUCCGGACUUUUGAACACCCUGAGUAAUUUCUACUCUUGUUAUUUAGAAAUCUACUAACAUUGAAUUAGUGCAAGCUCUGUGAUUUAUGGUACACCCGCGCCAAUCCUUGAUUCUGCUGCAAGUUCGGCUAGGGCAGUCUAUCACGACGCAUUGUCAAGGGCAUCUGAGCACUACUCACAAGCGAAAUCUGUUGUCUCUGCUCAAGUAUCAGGAUCUCCAAAGCCCGUUCAUCAGGAAAUGUUUAGUUCUGUCGAAUCCGCUUAUUCUGAUUCUGUUAGUGCUGCUAGUUCUAGGCUUCAACUUGCACUUUCUGGGGCAUCAACCGCAAUUUAUGGAGCCCCGACAGGUGCCAUGGAAUCGAUACGAUCCGUAGCUGCAUCCAGGCUAUCUGAAGGCCUAAAAGCUGCUUCUUCUCAGUACGAUGCUGCGAAGAGUCAUCUUGGCCCUACACCUACCCCGGCCGCUCAACAGUUACUCACUCAAGCUCAAAACCAGUACUAUGCUGGCGUUGGUUUAGCUCAUGUUCGAUACUCCGAGUUCCUUGAGGCAGCGUCCUCAGCUGUUAUGCCAUCUCAAACACCAUUCCAUGCAAGCGUCUAUAAUAGAGCCAGCGCCAGUAUUGUAGGGACUUCAACUCCAGCAUACGAAGCUGCUCUAUCUCAAGCCUCACAAGAGUACUCGAGCGCUGUCGCAAAAGCUCAAGCCGGAUUUGAUAAAGUCAUUAGUCAAGUCGCCAAAGUCGCUAGUGAUGCUAUUCCGUCUGCAAAAUUUACCGAUCUUGCAUCCUCACGUUUUGUUGAGGCUUCAUCCAAAGCUUCUUCAUCUUACGCCAGCCUUUCUUCUGAGAUAGUUGAAAAGAUGAAAGGAGUUACUUCUAGUAGCGAGACACCACUUCCUGAAUCUAUCGCUUCUGUCGCUAGCCAAAACUGGGAAGCUCUUAUCACGAAAGCUAGUCAUCAGGUCUAUGGGUCCCCUACGCCAUACUUCGUCACUGGCAACUUUCUUUCAAAUGUUCAACAAUAUGCUGCGCAAGCUACUGACGGUGCGGCCUCUCAAUACUCGGCUGUGCAGUCACUUAUUAAUGAGCUGGUUUCUGGCAAGGAACCAGAUUUCACUGAAAGCGUUUAUAGUCGGCUAAGCUCCGCUUAUUACACCGGUGCAACCGAUGCAGUAUCUUCCGCCUCAUCUUACGCGAGUCAGGCUUACGCAUCAGCUAGCUCGGUUGCCAACUCAAUCUUCACCCCUCCCCCUGCAAUCGAGGAGAUUCUUGAUGUUGCUUCCCAUCAUCUCGAUGAGGCUGUGCAAGCUGCCAGUGUCCAGUUCUAUGGCACUCAACCAGGAUAUUCGGACCAAGCUCGACUUUCGAUUUCGAACGCCGCUGCUUCGGCUCAAAAGGCCAUUUCCGAAGCAAUAUACGGAACACCUACUGGAGUUUACGGAUCGGCAACCAAGGUUAUUGCAGAGAACUACGAAUCGGCCACUUCCGCGGCUGCAAAUUCUUACUCGGCUGCACAAGCAAAGAUUUCGGAAGCUAUCUAUGGCCACGAACAGGGGGCUGUGGAGAGUGCGCAAUCAAGACUUAAUUCCGCAGUGGAGUCAGCACGGGCUAGACUAAAUGAGUUUGCAUCAAGCGUGGGAGAGGGCGGAAACGAAGCACUUAGCAAAGCAAGUGAGGGAGUUGAACAGAUGGCUAGUAGUGUGGGAAGCGUCGUUGGGGAGGCUACUCAGGCUGUGAUUGGAAAAAAGGAUGAAUUGUGAUAAUAUGGAUCGCGAUUAAAAGCAUUAUGAUGAUGGAGAUGAUCUAAUGAAUAAUGAAGCGGGUUCGGCUGGUCGGUGAGGGCGGGGUUGUUUGAUACCAAAAAAUGGUGUAUAGGGAGGGUUUCGUUUUCAUUCUUUUAUGAUGGGCCAAAUAUGUACUACAUUUCCUUCUGUUUUGCUGUGAUAUUAUUUACUAGCGGACAGCCCUGGGUGGGGGUUGACUGAUAUGAUACGAGAUAAAUGGUAUACUAUUUUAUCCAAGGUCUUCAUAAAGAUUCUUGAAAUGUUUGUAGCAAGCCAAUCCAUUACGUGUCUUUCGAAAGCGUAA